AUGCGCCUCGACUUCAUAUUCUUUGCGGCCGUGCUAUUGUUCGAUACUGUCGCAGGUCUCCUUGAACCUCCACACGCCGUCAGAAUAGAGGCCGUCGCUCAAGAAAACGAGGACCUUUUCAAACGAGCAGGCGGCGGAGGAGGUGGCGGCAGGGGAGGCGGUGGUGGUGGCGGCUCGCGGGGAGGCGGCGGUGGGAGCGGUGGUAGAACUGGCUCCAGCUCAGGUGGCGGAUCCCGUGGAAAUACUGCUUCUAGCUCCAACGCCGGCGGCACAUCGCGAGGAGGCUCGGGAGCUCCACGUGGGUUUGGCCGUGGUUCGUACUACGGCGGAGGUGCUGCAGUCCCCUACCGAUCUGGUGGUCCGUCUCCCCUAGGCAUCGCUGCCAUUGGCUUUUCUGCGGCAGUCCUCCUUUGGCCCAGUCCCUGGCUUCACGGUGCAUAUUUAUACUACUACCCCCACUCAUUUACCUUUCAUAACGACUCAACUAGCAACAACGAGACGCUUCCCGUUGUUUGCGGUUGUGGCAUGUAUCAAGUAUGUGGUUGCGAUGAAAACAACACCACAAUGAGAGAACUUGUCGGCAAUGGUUCGUACGAGGCUCUCAACAAGUCUGUCAUCGAUAUCGGCUACAACCAAAGCCAAAAGACGCUUCUUCUCAAUGGGACUCUCCCCAAUGGUACCACUGCCGAUGGUGCAGACUCUUGCGGUGUUGCUCUUGGAAUGAAGAGCUUGGUCUGGGCUGUUCUGGCUUGUGCUUUCGCUGCCAUCUUCUUUGCAUAG